CGGCUAUCUGUGCCGAUCGCGACGUUUGGCUGGCGUAGCGCGUUUGAGUAGGCGGUGCGAACGGGGUGCGAUAACGCUGUCGCGUUCCACUCUUGAAGGCGAAGCUUAAGCGUCCUCCAAUUUUUGCUUUCUCUCAAGUAACGCGGCCGGGAUCAGGCAGCAUUAGAUAUAUGCUCUGGCGUUUUUCUUUUUCUUCUUUUUUUAUCAUUUCAGAAUAGGCAGUUUUUCGCCUUUCCCACGGAAGUCGUCGACAUCGGCUCCUUGUAGCAAUUCGUAGGCUCUCUGUGACGGUCAGCUUGCUGCGAUUUGAGGAGCCUCGCCUUGACGGUCAUUACCGCUUCUUCAGAAUGUGGCGGUUCCUGUCACCUCGAAGGGACCUUUUUUCUUUAGCCGUCAGCAGUCGGCGCCGGGCGCCAGGACACCCGUAAUGUUGUGAACUUUCUGUUUUGAGACAACACCGGUGACAUGAGUGGGGGGCCUUUACACUGUACCACCGACUGCAAAAGUUAUUGUAAGACUGCAGGCUCUAAAUAGUUAAAUUUCGUUACGAAUUCGUCGCUCAGAUAGAAAUUUUGAUGAGAAAUGCGUGGAUCUAUACAACAUACCGGCGCCUUUCGAUUCGACGACUGUUUCAAUGGCAGCGAUUAAAUUUCGUUUUUUUUUUUCUCGAAUACUGUGCUCCGAAAGCUUUUGUGCUUGUGGGUAGAUGUCGAAUGACGUCUUCCACUUCAUGAGUGCCAUUCAGUAAUUCGUGACUUUUGACAUACAGAUGGACUACAUCGGCGAAGUUAAGCUGGGCACGCCAGGUCAAACAUUCCGUAUUAUCUUUGACACGGGCUCCGCUGACUUCUGGGUCCCAUCCGUUCGGUGUACGGAAGGCUGCCAUGAUCGCCGGAAAUACGAUCAUUCGCACUCCAGCUCGCACGUCUCAGACGGUACGGCGGUGUCCAUCAAGUACGGCAGCGGCGAAGUACGCGGUGUGCUCUCCUCCGACACGCUACACCUAGGCAACGGUGCGGUGCCCGCACAGCCAUUCGCCGAAAUCACGCACGCGUCGCAAGGCAUCUUCCGGCCUGGACCGUUCGACGGAGAGAUUGGGCGGGACGUUCCCUUUGACGGCAUUAUCGGGCUCGCCUACCCUAAGGUGUCGUCACUAAAUGUGAAACCGGUGUUCGACGCCAUAAUGGAGCACAAGCUGGUGCCCCAAUCCGUCUUCUCCUUCUACCUGGGAAGCAGCUCGAGCGGCAGACCCGCCGGCGAGCUUGUACUCGGUGGCAUCAAUCACGAACACUUCAGGGGCAGCAUGCACUACGUGUCGGUCACCAAGAAGCGCCACUGGGAAUUCAAGAUGGACCGGGUUCAAGCUGGAAGCGACAAACGUUUCUGUGUCGGCGGCUGCUGGACUGUAGUUGACUCGGGAUCGUCGUUCAUCGAAGGACCCGGCGAAGAAAUCGACGGGAUCAGCAGAGUGAUUGGUGCCCAGAAGACAGAGCAUGGGAAGUACCUCGUGGAUUGCAAGAAAGUUAGCAAGUUGCCGAAGCUCGUGUUCACCAUUGGCGGCAGACAGCAUAAACUCAAAGGAGCCGACUACAUAGUCAAGUUGCUAGCAUCGGACAACCGAGUGCGAUGCUACGCCGGCUUUGGAACUACAGACGACUAUGGCACGAAGAAGCCCUUGUGGAUCCUGGGUCAAGUUUUCAUGCGGAAAUUCUACACAGUCUUUGACCGAGAUGCCGACAGAAUCGGAUUUGCCGAAGCGCGCUAGAUCCUCCUGCACGCAUUCAUGUGCGUCCCGUGUUCCUCUUCAAAGUCACAUUGCCGUGAGAUGGUGAACACAA